AUGCACGACUCCAGCAUCGUGACCCUCUACAUGAACAAAGGUGACCGCUAUGAUUGCAACCAUGGAAUCUCCCUGCUGAGUACUGUGGGGAAAGCUUUGGCCUGGGUAGUUCUCAACAGAUUGCAGUCACUCGCAGACAGUCACAAUGCAACUUCAGAGCUCAGAGGUCAACAGUCUGCAUGAUUUUCUCCCUGUGCCAGCUGCGGAAGAAAUGUUGAGAGCAGAGGCGCCCCUUGUACAUCGCCUUCAUCGGCCUGACGAAGAAGAAGAAGAAGAAGGAGUUUGGAUUUGAUAUCCUGCUUUAUCACUACCCUAAAAGGGGACGCUGGUGGCGCUGUGGGUUAAACCACAGAGCCUAGGACUUGCUGAUCAGAAGGUCGGCGGUUCGAAUCCCUGCGACAGGGUGAGCUCCCGUUGCUCAGUCCCUGCUCCUGCCAACCUAGCAGUUCAAAAGCACAUCAAAGUGCAAGUAGAUAAAUAGGUACCACUCCAGCAGGAAGGUAAACGGUGUUUCCGUGCGCUGCUCUGGUUCUCCAGAAGCAGAUUAGUCCUGCUGGCCACAUGACCCGGAAGCUGUACACCGGCUCCCUCGGCCAGUAAAGCGAGAUGAGCGCUGCAACCCCAGAGUCAUCCGUGACUGGACCUAACGGUCAGGGGUCCCUUUAAGGAGUCUCAAAGCGGCUAACAAUCUUCUUUCCCUUCCUCCCCCACAACAAACACUCUGUGAGGUGAGUGAGGCUGAGAGACUUCAGAGAAGUGUGACUGGCCCAAGGUCACCCAGCAGCUGCAGGUGGAGGAGCAGGGAAGCGAACCCGGUUCACCGGAUUAUGAGUCCACCGCUCUUAACCACUACACCACAGUUGUUGACCUUUGACUCAACAAGAUAGGAUGGCUUCCUUAGCUUCAAAAGAUGAUUGUGUCCUUCCAUGUGAACAGCUCAUCCUCGGAUUCCUUCCCGAUAAAUAGUGUGAAACAGGGCCGUGUUCUUGCCCCAACUCCCUUUGGCAUUUUCCUUUGCCUGUUGCUCUCAAAUGUCUUCUGCUCAGCUGAAGAGGGUGUGUACUUUCAUUCAGGGAAUAACACACGUGCGUGUGGUGUGUGUGUGUGUGUGUGUGUGUUCAUCCUGGCACAUCUCUGCACCAAGACAAAAGUGUUGGGGGUCCUUAUCCGAGAGAUGUUGUUUGCAGAUGACGCAGCCUUGACAGCGCGCUCUGAGGAAGCUCUUCAGAGACUCACCAACCAUUUUGCUCAAGCCUGCAGGGAUUUCAGUCUUACCACCAUCCUGACCAAGACCAACUUCUUGGGUCAGGACCUUGCCAUCAGCAUUGGUGACCUUGAGGUGCCAGAAGUGCCUUGCCUACCUGGAUUCCACCAUAAUCUUUUUUCUUUUUUAAAAUCAUUUUUACUGAUUUUCCAAUAAGAAACAUCCAAUUAAUACAGUAUAUCCAAUCAUAACACUUCAAUUAAAAUAAAAAAACUAAAAUAAAAAAGACCAAAUUAUAAUCCAAAUUAUAUUUAUUAAUUUUUUCAGAGCUCCCCACGGUCUGGAUCUCUGAAGCAAAUCUUAGUCCUGCCUCUCCUUGUUGUUUCCAUAUUUUCCACAUCUUGAUUUUAACGCUUCAUAAUUCUUUGUCCCUGAGUCCACGAUUCUCAGUCAUGUCAAACAUCAUGUACUUUCAUCCGUCAAAUACAGCUUUGCUAAUAUAUAUUUUUCCAACUGUCUUUUUAUCAGCACAGCUUCCUCUGAGUCCGGAUUCCACCAUAAUCUAAUGGAUCCUCCUCAGUGAGCAAUUACCCACAAGACAGCCAAUGUGGCAGAGUGGUUAGAGUGUCAGACUAGGACCUGGGAGAACUGGGUUCAAAUCCCCAUUCUCAGAACCAUGGGAAGGGGUCUCAAAGGGUCCUCUGGUCCAAUGCCUUGCAAUGCAGGAAUUCCUUGCAGUCACAGGAAUCAACCUACUUCACAGGGUUGUUGUGAGGACAAAAUGAGGAAAGAGAGAAUCAUGGAGGAAAGCCAGAAUAUAAAUGCCACAAAUAAAUAAUAAAUAAAUUCCCACUAUGUGAAUAUAAGGCGUGCCUGAGGCUUGCGUCCAACGUGAGCCACUGUCAGAGCAAGGAUGACAAACUUCGGUCCUUGGAUCUCAGAGGCCCUCCUCUGAAUAUGAGCACAGUGGUGCCUUGGUUAUCCAACGCCUUGGAACUCACACAACUUGGAACCCAAACACUGCAAACCCAGAACUAAGUGUUUUCGGAAGCUAAACAUGCUUCCCCUCUGUGGUUCCAGCCUUCCCUGGGAUGUCACAUAGAGGAGGGAGAAAGGUUGUUUUCUGCUGCUCCAGAGAAGCGGACACGGAGCAACGGAUCCAAACUACAAGAAAGAAGAUUCCACCUCAACAUUAGGAAGAACUUCCUGACAGUAAGAGCUGUUCGACAGUGGAAUUUGCUGCCAAGGAGUGUGGUGGAGUCUCCUUCUUUGGAGGUCUUUAAGCAGAGGCUUGACAACCAUAUGUCAGGAGUGCUCUGAUGGUGUUUCCUGCUUGGCAGGGGGUUGGACUCGAUGGCCCUUGUGGUCUCUUCCAACUCUAUGAUUCUAUGAUUCUAUGCUCCGUUUUGAGUGUCAUGCUUCCGAUUUGAGUGCCACACUUCUGUUUUGAGUGUUACGCUGAGGUCUGUCUGUUUUUUAUUUUGUGUUUUUGUGCCUCUUUUUUGUUUUUGUGACUGUGUGGAACCCAGUUCAGCUACUGAUUGAUUGAUUGGGUGACUGUAGCCUAUUGUUUAUUCCUUUCAUUUUAUGGAUCAAUGGACUCGUUAGCAAAAUUCAUGCUAAACUGCUGUUUUAGGGGUUGUUUUUAAAAGUCUGGAACGGAUGAAUUCAUUUUGCAUUACAGUGGUACCUCGGGUUACAGACACUUCAGGUUACAUACGCUUCAGGUUACAGACUCCGCUAACCCAGAAAUAGUACCUCAGGUUAAGAACUUUACUUCAGGAUGAGAACAGAAAUCGUGCAGCGGCGGUGCAGCGGCAGCAGGAGGCCCGAUUAGCUAAAGUGGUGCUUCAGGUUAAGAACAGUUUCAGGUUAAGAACAGACCUCCAGAACGAAUUAAGUACUUAACCCGAGGUACCACUGUACUUUCUAUGGGAAAGUGCACCUUGGUUUUGGAACGCUUUGGUUUUGGAAUGGACGUCUGGAAUGGAUUAAGUCUGAGAACCAAGGUACCCCUUUAACACUGGAUCCAAGCCGGAGUCGUGUUUUUCAAAAACAGAAGCGAAGUGUCUGAAGGAGGAAGCAAGGAAUCUCCCCGAAGAGUCCCCUCUGUGGUUCCAGCCUUCCCUGGGAGAGAGGGAGGGGGGGCUUCCCCAGGCUGGUUGCUAAGUCAGCAGCGCAACUGACUACAGAGCAGAAGGUGUGCAGCUUGAGUCUGAGACCACACUCCUGCCUGCUAACGGUGGCAUUUCUCUCCUUAAAAAACAUUUUUUUAUUAACAUAUAAAACACAUACAUAUACAUUUACAGAAUUACACAAUACACGUACAUAACACACUACCUUAUUUUCAUAACAUAAAACAUACCUACAUUACUCUAUAUAAUACCUACCUAUACUGUACAUAUCAACAUACAGUACCUACACACCUACCCCACACGGACACCCACCAAGUGACUUGACUUCCAGCCGUUCUUGUUACACUACUUUAUUUUUCCAACUAGCUUAAACGCACUUCAUUAUUUCUUUAAUCUCUUCUUCUAUCUUAACUUUACUCUCCUUUCACUCUAUUCAUUUUCUGGAUUCACUCAAUAUCUGUCAAAAAUUCUACUUUUUCCACAUAAAUUUUGAUGUAUUCCUUAAAGAUAGCCCACUCCUUAUUCACUUUUUGUACUAUAUCUCCUCUUAUCCUCCCUGUUAGUUCGGCAAUAUGGAAGUAUUCCGUCAUUUUAGAUAACCAGUCUGUUUUAGUUGGGACUGCUGCUUUUCCAAAUUUUGGCAAUCAAUAACCUUGCCGCUGUAGUUGCAUACAUAAAUAUUGGUCUGACUGUUCUUUUUAUUUCCUCUGACAUGAUACUUAGGAGAAAGGAUUCUGAGUUUUUUCAAAUGAAAAUCUAAACAUCUUUUUCAGUUCGUUAUAGAUAUUUCCCCAGAAUCCCACUAUCUCUUUGCACUCCCACCACAUAUGUAGAAAGGUUCCUGCCCCAUUGUUGCAUCUCCAACAGAUAUCACGACAGUUUUUAUACAUUUUUGCCAGUCUGUCCAGGGUCAGGUCUGUAUUGCAUUUUCAUUACAUUCUCUCUUAAAUUAUAGCAUGCUGUAAAUUUGAUAUCUCUUUUCCACAGCCAUUCCCAUUGGCUCAUCAUAAGUGUUGUUUAGUCGUUUAGUCGUGUCCGACUCUUCAUGACCCCAUGGACCAGAGCACGCCAGGCACUCCUGUCUUCCACUGCCUCCCGCAGUUUGGUCAAACUCAUGCUGGUAGCUUCGAGAACACUGUCCAACCAUCUCCUCCUCUGUCGUCCCCUUCUCCUUGUGCCCUCCAUCUUUUGCAACAUCAGGGUCUUUUCCAGGGAGUCUUCUCUUCUCAUGAGGUGGCCAAGGUCUUGGAGCCUCAGCUUCAGGAUCUGUCCUUCCAGUGAGCACUCAGGGCUGAUUUACUUCAGAAUGGAGAGGAUUGAUCUUCUUGCAGCCCAUGGGACUCUCAAGAGUUUCCUCCAACACCAGAAUUCAAAAGCAUCCAUUCUUCGGCGAUCAACCUUCUUUAUGGUCCAGCUCUCACUUCCAUACAUCACUACUGGGAAAACCAUAGCUUUAACUAUAUGGGCCUUUGUCGGCAAGGUGAUGUCUCUGCUUUUUAAGAUGCUGUCUAGGUUUGUCAUUGCUUUUCUCCCAAGAAGCAGGCGUGACUGCUGUCACCAUCUGCAGUGAUCAUGGAGCCCAAGAAAGUAAAAUCUCUCACUGCCUCCAUUUCUUCCCAUUGAGCCCAUCACCUCCUGGCAAAUAGAAGGGGGAGAAAUGGAGGCUCAUCAUAAUAUUUUCCCCUAAAUCCUGGGCCCACUUUAUCAUCACUGUCUUCACUUGCUCCUCCUUUACCUCCCAUUCUAGGAGCAAAUCAUAUAAUUUGGAAAUAUGUUUACUUUUAGAUUGGAUUAAGUACUUGAGGCAUUUCUCUCCUGAAAUGUUUGGCUGGCUUCCCCUGCAGACCUGACACACAGGACUCUGUAGGCUUUGGGGAUGGGAAGGUCAAAUGAGGGCAAGGUCAGAUCAGCGGUGCAAUGAUCUCUUUCUCCACAGAGAAAGAGGGUGCUCAGAACCAGCGCAAUAUAUUUGGCUGCCCAAAUGACGAUACCCCUUGCAAAAAAUGCUAAAGAUCUCUUUUAAUAAAAAACCAGAGGCCUAUCUCCUGGGAAUUACAGAUUUGGACAUUCUGCAGAAAACAAAGGGUAUCUUUUUAUAAACCACGGCGGCAGCAACAGUUCUUAUCGCGCCAAAAUGGAAGCGUAUUGAAAUUCCCUCUAUAAAUGAAUGGAUCCAAAAGCUGACAGAAUAUGCCGAAUUAGAUGGUCUAUCAGAAGAAAUAACGAAUAAAUCAAAACAGGAAUUUGUCUCAAAAUGGGAGGUUUUCAAAGAACAUUUGAAAUAUAAAUAUAGAAGUUUAAACUCUGUUGCAGCAUUCCAGGAACUUCAGUAGUAGUUGCAAGUUAGACAGAAGAGUUAAGAUAUAUUAAGAAAAAGUUAAAUUAUGAUAAAAGUGUGUAUUGGCAAUAAGUAAUGUUAAAUUGAAAUAAGGAAUAGAUGGGAGGUUGGGUCGAUAGUGUUAAGACCAACUUACGUUUUAUGGUUUGUUAAGAAAAUUUUGUGUUUGUUGUUAUUCCUGUGUGUAAUUCUGUAUCUGUGUUUUCUCUUUCUCUUUCUUUUCUUGCUGUAUCAAUAAUAAUAAUAAUAAUAAUAAUAAUAAACAUAAACAUAAACAAAUGAUGAUACCCCUUCCUGCCGUUCACCAGCCUGGGACCCAAACCACUGCUGCCCUGAGCGAUCCUCUCUCAACGGAGCAGCGAGACCAGAGUUCUUUGCAGCAGUGAUAUUUUGAGGAGCGCCGGUGAAUCACAGAAUUGUAGCUUGGGAAGGGACCCCAAGGGUCAUCUAGUCCAACCCCCUUGCGAUGCGGGAACCACUGGAGGAUUCCAAGCGGCGCAGGGCCUUUCAGAUGACGGGUUUCUUGGGCGUUUACCCUGAAUCAUUUGCAGGGAGGUUAGACAAUGCCAGCUGAUUCACGAGCAUUCGCUCACCUCACAGAGUGUUUGUUGUGGGGGAGGAAGGGAAGGAGAUUGUGAGCCGCUUUGAGACUCCUUAAAGGGAGCGAAAGGCGGGAUAUCAAAUCCAAACUCUUCUUCUUCUUCUUCUUCCUGAUUUGUUUCAAAGCAAACACAAUCCUGCGCUUCCUAGGGCAUUUCAAUUUCACUUUCCUCAUAGCAAAAAGUCCAGUGAUUAGGGGAAGUGGACUUGUUGUGCAAGAACUCCCAAUCAGCUAUAGUUGCACAACUUGGGUUUGCAGGAGUGUGAUUGAAUCCCACCUGAAGAUAGAGACAGUCAGGAAGUGUUUUGCAAUUCUGGUACAGUGGUACCUCAGGUUACAGACGCUUCAGGUUACAGACUCUGCUAACCCAGAAAUAGUACCUCGGAUUAAGAACUUUGCUUCAGGAUGACAACAGAAAUCGCACAGCGGCAGCAGGAGGCCCCAUUAGCUAAACUGGUGCUUCAGGUUAAAACCAGUUUCAGGUUAAGAACGGACCUCCAGAACGAAUUAAGUUCUUAACCCAAGGUACCACUGUAUUCAGGAAACAAGUCUCUGACUUAGAUUGAGACAGAACUCUUGCCUAGGCAGAAAUAAUGGGAUUCUUUCUCACACAAACAAUUAAACCUGAUGGUGUGCAGUUUCACUUGCUAAUUACACAACAGGGCUAUGCAUAUUUGAUGCAAUCUCCAGUAACUGGCAUCCUGAGAACCCCAGUUUUCAUUCUAUUUCUCCCCUUUUCUUUUAAAAAAAGCAAGUUUCUAAUCUUUAAUGCCACUGAAGAAAGCAUGAAACUCUGUGAAUCAAAGCUUGGUGAAUCUGUAUUAAUUUUGCUGACCAGUGCUGAGGAGUUGCUAACUUGCAGACCUCUGCAUUAACUAAGCCGCUUCUGGCGAACCAGAGCAGCACACGGAAACACCGUUUACCUUCCCGCCAGAGUGGUACCUAUUUAUCUACUUGCACUUUGACGUGCUUUCGAACUGCUAGGUUGGCAGGAGCUGGAACCGAGCAACGGGAGCUCACCCCGUCGCGGGGAUUCGAGCCGCCGACCUUCUGAUUGGCAAGUCCUAGGCUCUGUGGUUUAACCCGCAGCGCCACCCGCGUCCCUUGACACUGCCUUACACUGCAUUUAAAACCAAAAUCGCAUUUGGAUAGAAACUGUUUCUCAGGCAGCUAAUCCUAGUCUUUAUAACCCUGUACCUUCUUCCAGAAGGCAGAAGCUGAAAGAGAUCAUUUCCGGGGUGCGCACUAUCCUGCGCUAUCUCUGCAGCUUUCUUAUGGCACCUGGAAGCGUAGAUUUGAUCCAAGGUGGGAUGAGUGCACCCAAUUAUUCUCUCCGCAGUCUUUACAACCCUGGACAGCAUUGUUUUUCCCCUGACCGUGCAGCUCCCAAACCACACACACACAGACCAUAAGCUAAUACACUCUCCACAGUACAAUGGUAAAAUGCCAUCAACAGGUCCUUUGAGAGAUUGUUUUCCUGGAGAAUUCUCAGAAAAUAUAACCUCUGCUGUGCUCUCUUCAUCCGGUCUUUUCUCCCCAGGUUAGGUCAUCUCUCAACUCCAUUCCCAGAAAUUGAAACACCAAGACCUAUUCCCCUCUCAAGCUCCCACUCUGCUCACCACCUUCCUCAACUCAGUUUGCCCAAAGGCAAGGCCAGAUGCACAGCGGUCGCUGCCUUCCCCACCCCUCCUUGGCAUCCUGCCACGGGGGGGGAGGGUUGGGUGUCCCCCCAGUCUCGGGCUUUGCUUCUUCACCACUGUGCACUGCAUGCAGCUCAUGCUGGAAACUUUGAGGGUGAUCGCCCCCCCAAAAGAUCAACAACUUGCCGCUGCCAAUCAUCCAGAUUUUCACUUCUAGUUUAGGGUUUCAUUUUCUUUCUUUUUAAAAUUUUUUAUUCAUUUUUCUUUUUCAUUCAUUACAUACAUCUCAAAUUCUCCCCCCCCCAUUUUUUUUUAUUCAUUUUAUAACACAAACAGAAAAACAAACAAUACAAACAGAUUCUUGUCUUAUCCUUAUUUUUUCUAAACAUUGUUAGGUGGGCUUCCCCAAGUCCCCCCUAUCUGAUUUUCAUUUUACCUCAUCUUUAGCAGUUUACAUAUAUCAUAAUCAUAAUUUCUAACCUUUUUUUAAUCACUCUUACUUUAACCAUAAAAAUCUUCACAUUUUAUCACUUACAAAUAAUUCUAUUUUAAAAUACACUAUCUUCUACUUCUAACCUUACAGCCUAAAUCAACUUCCAAAGCUAUUCUAAGAUUUAAAUAUUAACAUAUUUUUUCAAAUAUUCCUUAAACUUCUUCCAAUCUUCUUCCAUCAUCUGUUCUCUCUGGACAUGGAGUCUCCUAGUCAGUUCGGCAAGUUCCAUAUAGUCCAUAUAUCUCAAAUUAUUAACAUUUACUAUAUAUUCCUUCCUCCCUCCCCUCCAAGGCUUCCCCCAACUUCCGCUUCUGUUUUGGUUCUAUUUUCACCUACUUUGCUAUCUCUUAACAGAAAAAGUUAUUAAUAACAAAACAUCAAACCUAUAAACAUAAAAAUAAAAUUAACUACAUCAUCUUAUAUCUGAAGGAGCGUCUCCACCCCCAUCGUUCUACCCGGAAACUGAGGUCCAGCACUGAGGGCCUUCUGGCGGUUCCCUCACUGCGAGAAGCCAAGUUACAGGGAACCAGGCAGAGGGCCUUCUCGGUGGUGGCACCUUCCCUGUGGAACACCCUCCCACCAGAUGUCAAAGAGAACAACAACUACCAGACUUUUAGAAGACAUCUGAAGGCAGCCCUGUUUCGGGAAGCUUUUAAUGUUUGAUGUAUUAUAGUAUUUUAAUAUUCUUUUGGAAGCCGCCCAGAGUGGCUGGGGAAGCCCAGCCAGAUGGGCGGGGUAUAAAUAAUAAAUAAUUAUUAUUAUUAUUAUUAUUAUUAUUAUUAUUUCACUAUCUUCUAAACAUUUUCUGAUGCUAAUGAUGUGGAUGUUUAUUUAAAUCCUGCCAUCAAGUCUAUUGACUUUCUUUGUUUCUGCAAAUAUAAUAUGAAUGGUUCCCAAUCUUUUUCAAAGUCUCUGUUGUCUUUUUCUCUUAGUCUACCUGUCAUUUUUGCCAGUUCCACAUGGUUCAUCAACUUCUCUUGCCAUUGUUCUUUCAUUUUCUUAAUUUUGGAAACAGGGGUCGUCUUAUACAUGGGGACGUCUUAUACAUGGGAAAAUACGGUAUACUUUUUUCCUUGGUUGCUCAUCAGGAGUUUAGACAACGUCAUUGCAUAUUUGAAGUUAGGAUGAAUAUUAUUUUGCCUGAAGGUUCAUCUCGUUACACUUCCUUGUGCUGAACCUGACAUGACGUUCAUGUUGCCCACAAACGUCGAAUAUAUUGGGCAACCUUCAUCUGUGUCAAUAUCAAAGACAAUCAGCCUUUCAUCAUCCCGCCGGAGUUCCUUCGAUGAUAAAUGAUGUGGUUGGAUUUUCUCACAAGAGAGAGAACACCCCAGAGUACAACACCCAGAUAAAAAAAUCAUCACUUCCUUUCUUGUCUCCGGUGGUGUGACUGGGGAUGGGGAACUGUGGGGACAUUCCAUGGGCCCCGGAUUGACGAAUUACUGUCAAUCACUUGCAAUAUAAGGAAGUCUAGGAAUGGCGGGGAAGAAUUAUAAAGGCUCCAGGAGGGUUGAUAAGAUCAUCGGAUAGCGUCCAGCUGAUCCUUUGGAGCUCAAGACUCUCGUAAGUAACACUUCUUCAAGAUUUGCAUUCUAGGGUUUCAGGAGGGCUGGUGGCCCAACUGACUGGGUAGCCCACCUGGCUACUUGAGGUGGCAGGACUUCUGAAGGUUUGGUCAAGGGAACAACUCCCCUAUGGAGAAAGGUUGCAGAGUUUGGGACCUUUUACAGAAAAGGAAGAGGAGACGUGACAACAGUCUCUAAGAUGAUGCAUGGCAGGCAGAAAGCAGACAGCGAAACAUUCUUUUCCCUCUUUCACAACACUAGAACGGUCGUUUUCAACCAGUGUGCCGUGGCACCCUGGGGUGCUUUGAAGGAUGGUCAGGGGUGCCACAGGCACCCUCUUUCCUUCCCUCUCUCCUCUUAUGCCCUCUUGCGUCUCUGCCUCCCAAAGGCUUGCAGGGCUGUUUGUUGCAACGGCCCCAGCUACAAGCUCCGCAGGCGAAUGGUGCCUCUGGGACUGGCCAGGGGCUGCUGGUUGCCAGGAGCUGAGGUUGCAUUGAGGUAUGCAAGCAAGUGGGCGAGGGAGCCCAGUCCGCCAGCCCUUGCUGUUGGGAAUAGUGCUACUCAUGCAACACGUUGGCGAUUAAUAUACACAGAACAGUAAUUAUACAUUCUUUAUCAACCUUCGGAGAAAAAUACAAAACAUCAAACAAAGCCACAGAGACCUGCAAACUACCCAACCUAAAAUGAACUUAUAAUGUCUGGUUUCAAUAGAUUUUUCAAAUGCUUAACUCAGUCUUUUAGAUAAGUUCAUGAAGAGACCAACAAAAGGUAAGUUAGGUGUUAUUCACAAUAACGGGGGGAUGCUAGUGGAGUUGUAAAGGUAAGGUAAAGGGACCCCUGACCAUUAGGUCCAGUCAUGACCUACUCUGGGGUUGCGGCGCUCAUCUUGCUUUAUUGUUCUUGCUCCAAAUCAGUCUUCAUCUUCUAGGGUGCAUCAUCUCUGUAAUUUCAUGGAAUUAGUUGGAAUUAGCUGGCUAUGUCGGUCAGGUGUGUCUGCUUGGCCUGCAGAGGGCAUCGACUUUUUAUUUUUUGCGCAAUGAGAAGAGUCUUGCUGGGUCAUUAUAAAAUUAUAGAAAAGCUGUUUGCACAUGAGCUCGGUGGUUGCACAAUCCAUACGCAGAGCCACACAUACUCAGAUAGGAAGCCUUGUGAGGGGCACGGUUCAGUGGUAACUUUUGCUCUGCCAGUGUUAUAAAUGGAUCCUCACCUGAGACUCUAGAGAGCAGUGUUACAAUGUAUUCCCUGAAUCAUGCUUUUGCUAUCAGGAUGGUAGACUGCACCUGAGAAAGAAGCUCUCUUUUGGCCUCGAGAAGUAAGACAAGAGAUUCUGUUGCAUUAACUCAGGGAACAAUUGCAGCACCUCUUGCUAAAUCCUUUGAUUUAGCUGCAAAUCUUUCCUAUCCUCCCUUAUCGUUUGUAACCAUAAAGGUAAAGGAGAGAGCACCAGACUCCUUCUGGAAGUGCAAAGCCAAGAGAUGAUUACUUCUUCCUUUUCCCUCCACCCCCCAUAAAAACCAGUCAAGAGCUUUCAAUGGCCUGAGGCUCCCCUCUAGAAGUUACCCAGACAUAUUGCUUCAGCAGAAUUAUUGCCUCCUUCCUUUUAUAAUUAAGAGACAUGAUAGCAAGGCAGUUUAGGGCAAUCUUUAUUUCCAGAUAUGACAGGCACCAGCUAUCUGCACUUUCUGGAAACAAUUCUGUCAAGAGGAAUAGGUCUCUGCCCCUGGCUGUCUGCUCAGUAUUGCUUUUAAAUUUGCCUACUAUUAUUUACUGUGUUGCUUUAAACCAUUCUUAGCUGUUAUUUGCUUAUUUCAUAAAAUUUAUAUACAGCCGUACCUUGGAAGUCGAACGGAAUCCGUUCUGGAAAUCCGUUCAACUUCCAAAACGUUUGAAAACCAAAGUGUGGCUUCUGAUUGGCUGCAGGAAGCUCCUGCAGCCAAUCAGAAGCCUUACUGGAUGUCCAGCUUCCGAAAAUCAUUCAACAACCUGAACACACACUUCCAGUUUCUGAUCGUUCAGGAGCUGAAACGUACGAGUUCCAAGGCGUUUGGCAACCAAAGUAGACUGUACUUUGCUGUUGUUUUUUAGUUGUUUAGUCGUGUCCGCCUCUUCGUGACCCCCUGGACCAGAGCACGACAGGCACUCCUGUCUUCCACAGCCUCCUGCAGUUUGGUCAAACUCAUGUUCGUAGCUUCGAGAACACUGUCCAACCAUCUCGUCCUCUGUCGUCCCCUUCUCCUUGUGCCCUCCAUCUUUCCCAACAUCAGGGUCUUUUCCAGGGAGUCUUCUCUUCUCAUGAGGUGGCCAAAGUCUUGGAGACUCAGCUUUGGGAUCUGUCCUUCCAGUGAGCACUCAGGGCUGAUUUCCUUCAGAAUGGAGAGGUUUGAUCUUCUUGCAGUCCAUGGGACUCUCAAGAGUCUCCUCCAGCACCAUAAUUCAAAAGCCUCCAUUCUUUGGCGAUCAGCCUUCUUUAUGGUCCAGCUCUCACUUCAAUACAUCGCUACUGGGAAAACCAUAGCUUUAACUAUACGGACCUUUGUUGGCAAGGUGAUUUCCUCAAAGCAGUUUACCAAAAAAGGAUAAAACAAUAAAAUUAUCACUCUCCAGGGUGCAAGCCUGGGCGGUGUGUCUGGAGGUCCUGGGCUGGCCAGAUGACAAGACUUCCUGGCCUCACUGAUGUUGUCCAAAGAAAAGUAGAGCAAUCUGUUUGGCACCAGUUUGGCUGCAGGAGUUGCAGGAAGGAGGCAUACAAAGCACCGUCCAAUCAACUUAGGGACUCCACUCUGACCUUGUGUAUGGUUUUCUCCUUGGCCGCUUUCUUCUGCCCUUCAGAUAAACUGUUCCCAAGCUACUAAGUACAGCACUUUCUUUUUAUACUAAUAGUGGCACCUUGAACUCUGCCUGGCACCUUGAAAUCAGCAGCUGGGGCAGACCUGUACAACCUGACAGGGUCUCACUCCUGUCAGCAAUUGUGCUGCAGCAUUCUGCAUCGCAACGGCAGCUUCCGGGUGAAGUGCCACGUGCAGGAAAACAACUUUCAAUCUGAUGAUACUGGGAUAGAGGUGGUCCCGUAAAAGGCUUGCUGGAAAUGGACAGUCUUCGACAGAUGAUAGAGGUGGCGCCUUGUCUGGUCGGCGUCUACAGACCUCCUGAUAAGACGGUAUCUGCAGGGUGCAUUCUCCUGCAAAGCACAAUGGCCAAGGGGCCAUAUAAGCAGCUGGUUCUUUUUGCAGUGGCAUUAACAGGGCAGCAGUAGGAAGCCCCAGUGAGUGGUUGGACCAUUGCUUCUGCAUCAAGGGCUGGAGCACGUUCCAUCUAAGACACCGUCAGCUCCAACAUAUCAGGCAGCUGCUUUGCAGAAACAUGGACAGGUACUCAUCCCUCUGGCUACAAGUCCAUCAGCCAGCAGAAUUCUCUCUCUCCUCUCACCCUGUCUUCUCCUGUCUUCUGUUUUUGAGCCUGACCAGGCCCCUGUCAUCUUGGGGUGACACGACCUCCUCUUUGCUGUGCAAACCCUUCUCCUCCUUCUCCUUUCCUUGGCGGAGGCCACAUUCACACCAAACAUUUAAACCACCCAUGAUGCCACUUCAAAGCGCUGUGGCUUCCCCCAGAGAAUUCUGGGAGCUGUAGUUUGAUAAGGGUGCUGGGAGUUGUCAGGUGGCCUCAGUUCCCCUCAAAGAGAGACCGUUCCCAGAGUUCCCUGGAAAGAGAGAUUGGCUGUUAAACCACUCUGCAAAGUAUGUCUCUGUGAGGACAAUAGGCAUGUGCUAUCUCUGUUUUCAGUGAAGGUUUUCUGUAUCCUUGCUUUUUGUCGGUCUGCGUAUUUUAGCCAGAUUAUAUAUUUAUAUAAUUGAAAUUGUACACCGCUUGGAGGAUUGUUCUGUUUUCAUUUUCUUUUUGAGCAAGGGGUAUAUAAAUUUUCUGAUUGAAAUGAAUAAAUAAGCAUGUUGGCACAGAUUCACGGAGACUUUGGGGAGGCACUUUGCACAUGGUCAGAGGUUCCCAUAUCACAUUUCCAGGAAGGAACUGUAGCCCUGAAAACAAAUCAAACAAUUAUCUCUUUAUGUCAUCUUGCAAGGGUAUAUGCCCUGAAAGACAGAACAAAAAAAAAAUAUUGUGGUGGUGUUGUUACUUUAGAGGGGAAACUGGUUUGGGGUUUGAGAGGUUGAAAUAGUAGAAUUUGCCUUUAAAAUAAAUAUCACACCAAGUGUUUCAUAUGCCUUCUGAAGGAGUGAUUUGCUCACUCCUCUUUGGAAAAAAUAAAACGCAUGGGUUUUUAAACAACUUCAGGGGAGGUAAAUGUGCCGAUUCUGCAAAACCUUUACCUCUGUGGGUGCAGCUCCUGGUGCCACUGUUUUAUCACUAGAUUACACAUUCAGGUGUGUGUGGGAAGCUGCUGUCUGAUUUGCAACACAAAUGAAUUUCUAUAUCAGCUGGGUUUUUAUAAAAGGCAAAAAAAAGCUUUGCAGAGCUCAUACUUAAACUAUGGAACUUGCUCCCCAAAGGGGCAAAAAUGGCCACCCACCAAGAUGGCUUUAGGAAGAUUGUAGGAGAGGGCUAUUUGCCAUGAAGGUUUGCCUCACUUAGAGGCAGCAGUUUCUAUUGUUACAAAAGUUGGGUGCCUCCCCCUUUCUCUGCCGAAUGAUAGCAAGAUCCAAGGGGGUUCCUGGCACUCACAUGGGGUCUGUGUUCCUUUGGAGAACUGAGACACGGCAGAGACUGUCGUAGCUUUAAGAAAUGUGGUUUAUUCACCUAUUUACACCUUCAGUCUGUGUGGAAGGAGGUCAGAUCUUACAGCAUGGACAUUUCAAGAGGGGCUUUCCCCACACUGCAGUGCAACACUUGAAUCAAAAGCAUGUUUCCCAGCCUGCCUUCAGCCAGCCUGCCCAAGAUGGGUGUCUCCUUUUUCUCUCCCCUCCUUCUUCCCAGAACAUCUUGCUAAAGAAACUCUUUCCUGUAGCUUCAAACUCACACACCAUGACCUUGGCAACAUCUGUCUCCCCAGGCCAAAAGAUUCCUCUCUGAUGGCCCAUCAACCCCUUUUGCCAUGUUAACAGAUUUGUUCUUCAUCAGCCAGCCCUGGGAAUCCUUCUCUGGCAUGGCUCUGCAGAUUGUACUUUCACCCAUAUCCCAAUUAAUCAUAGAAUCUUAGAGGGGGAAGGGACCUAAGGGUCAUCCAGUCCAACCCCCUUCAAUGCAGGAAACUCAGCUAAAGCAUCCAUGACAGAUGGCCAUCCAAUCUCUGCUUAUAAACCUCCAAGGAAGGCGAGUCUACCAUCUCUCAUGGGAGUCUGUUCCACUUUCAAAGAGCUCUUGCUGUCAGAAAGUUUUCCCAAAUGUUCAAUCGGAAUCUCCCUUCUUGCAACUUGAAGCCAUUGGUUCGAGUCCUACCCUCCAGAAAAAGAGAAAACAAGCAUGCUCUUUCUUCCUGGUGACAGCCCAUAAGAUAUUUGAAGAUGGCUUUCAUAUUUCCUCUUAGUCUCCUCUUCUCCAGGCUUCUUCUUCUUCUUCGAUCACUCGUAGCCGAGUAAGAUUGUCUUCCAUAAACACGGUUUUAACAAUGAGUCCGUAAGUGACAGUGGAGGCCAAUUCUGGAUCCACACAUCCUUCCACGGUGGGGACAAAGGUUUACGAGCGGGAGCUGAUCACGGUGUGGAUUUGCCAAGUGUGCUUUCGUCCUAGCACGUUUCUCCUUUGCGACCGUUGAUGGAAUCUUUCGAGGAGUUAGAGAUGGCGUUUAUAAGUGGUCCAUAUUUCACAAGCAUGUAGUAAGGUUGGUAGUACAAUAGCUUUGUAAACGAGCAUUUUUGUUUCCCUGCGAAUAUCCCGGUCUUCAAACACUCUGCACUUCAGUUGGGAGAAAGCCACACUCGCAGAGCUCAGGUGAUGCUGGAUUUCAGCAUCAAUGUUGGCCAUUGUGGAAAGGAGAAGUGAUCAACAUUUUCCAAUGUUUCACCAUUCAGUUGGAUUUGUGGCACUGCAGAGGGGUUAUUUUGUACUUGUUGGUGCAGCACUUUGGUUUUUUGGAUGUUGAGUGAUAGGCCAAGCUUUUCAUAAGCUUCUGCAAAGAUAUUUAGGAUGGUUUGGAGGUCAUCCUCUGAGUGUGCGCACACUACAUUGUCAUCAGCAUACUGAGGCUAUAUGACGGAAGUUACGGUAACCUCAAAGGUAAAGGGACCCCUGACCAUUAGGUCCGGUCGUGGCCGACUCCAGGGUUGCAGCGCUCAUCUCGCUUUAUUGGCCGAGGGAGCUGGCAUACAGCUUCCGGGUCAUGUGGCCAGUAGGACUAAGCCGCUUCUGGUGAACCAGAGAAGCGCACGGAAAUGCCGUUUACCUUCCCGCCGGAGCGGUACCUAUUUAUCUACUUGCACUUUGACGUGCUUUUGAACUGCUAGGUUGGCAGGAGCAGGGACCGAGCAACAGGAGCUCACCCUGUCGCGGGGAUUCGAACCUUCAACCUUCUGAUCGGCAAGUCCUAGGCUCUGUGGUUUAACCCACAGCGCCACCCACAUCCCUACGGUAACCUUACUCUUUGCUUUACCUGAACUUUCCAGGCUAAACAUACCCAGCUCCCUCAACCAUUUCUCAUAAGGCUUAGUUUCCAGACCCUUAACCAUCUUGGUUGCUCUCCUUUGCACACCUUCCAGCUUGUCAACAUCCUUCUUAAAUUGUGGCGCCCAGAAUUGGACACAGGACUCCAGGUGUCUGACUAAGGCAGAAUGGAGUUGUACUAUUACUUCCCUUGAUCUGGACACUAUACUUCUGUUAAUGCAAAAUCCUACCAUUUAUUAAUUUCUAGGGUUUAGGGGGAGUCCCCCCAAAAUCUGUAACACCAUCAUACCAGUGUUUCAUAUAACGCAUAUUACACCUGUGCUAAGAGACUUGUGCUGGUUGCUGGUUUGCUAUUGAGCCCCAUAUUGAGCGUUGCCAUUAGUAUAUAAAGCCUUAACAAUCUGGGACCAAUUUACCUGUGAGAUCACCUUACCAUAACUCUGAACUGCUUCAAUAUGCAGAAUUGGCCCAGUUCUGCAAUUGUAAGAACUUGAUAUUCUGGCAGCUGCACUUUGGAACUCCCUGCCUGUUGACGUCAGUCAGGUGCCUUCCCUGUACUCUUUUGCUGCCUGCUACAAACAUAUUUGUUUAGGUAAGCCGUCCCAGACAUGGAGAAAGAGGCUGAAAAUAAUGGUGAGGAUGCCUGCUUGAGAUCAAGAGGCAGGGAGUUCCAGGUGCCGCCACACUAAAUAUCAAGUUCUUACAAAUGUGGAACGGGUGUUUUGCAGCAUCUACAUUGGUGUCAUCAAAAAUAUUCAGUACUUUGAGAUAGUUCUUGUGCAGCUGUGCUCCUUUGCAUCCGUCUUGCCAAACACAAGGUGGUUCUUUUAAAAAAGGAGAUUCAGAAGCAAUGCAAAACACAAGUGAGUGGGAAGAAGAAGGUAAAGGUAAAGGUACCCCUGCCCAUACGGGCCAGUCUUGACAGACUCUAGGGUUGUGCGCUCAUCUCACUCUAGAGGCCGGGAGCCAGCGCUGUCCGCAGACACUUCUGGGUCACGUGGCCAGUGUGACGAAACUGCUCUGGCGAGCCAGCACCAGAGCAGCACACGGAACGCCGUUUACCUUCCAGUUAGAAAGCGGUACCUAUUUAUCUACUUGCACUUAAUUGUGCUUUCAAACUGCUAGGUGGGCAGGAGCUGGGACCGAACGACGGGAGCUCACCCCGCCGCGGGGAUUCGAACCGCCGACCAUGCGAUCGGCAAGUCCUAGGCGCUGAGGUUUUACCCACAGCGCCACCCGCGUCCCUCAGGGAAGAAGAAGAUUGUAUUUCAAAACAGCAAGCAAUAUAUACAUACCAAGCAGGCACUUCUACCUGCCAUUUGGAAGCCCUCAAGAAGCGGCCAAGUGACUCCCCCUGGUAGCUUCAGUUUGCACAGCCCUGCGGCCGAUCAGUCCGUGCAGGAGCUUCUGAAAAACUCUGCCCAAACCAUCCGAUUUUAUAGAUAGCCACUCACUUUCCCACAAUGAUUUCCAACAUCAAAGAAACUUUCCAGAACUACUGCACCCUCCACAGGUGAUUAAGGCAUUGGGGGGAGCCUUCACCUUCUCCCAACUGAUUAGGACAUUAAAGACUGUUCUCACAUCAUCAAAGAACUUAACAAGAGCGAGGGAGGGGGAAGGAACAGAGGCAGGAAGGGCUCUGUGUUAGAUCACUGACUCUCAGAAACAUUUUUUCGUCUACCAGGUGCAUUUCUCAUACAGCAUCGUUUUAAGUACCUUUCCCCCCUUUCUCCUCCAGGUAACGCAGAUGACCUUCGCACGCACCUUGGGCCUACAGAGGAUGCUUUGGCCAAUUUCUCUGGCUCUUUUGGCCUCUUGCGUGCAGACAGCCAUGGGAGCGGAUGGAGGCUUGAAGGUCCAAGUGACCCAGAAGGGGCUGAAUUAUGGUGCGUGACUUCAAGGCAAUCUCCGUACUUGGCCUUGAGCAAAACGGAAGGGGGAGAUUAAAAAGAGAGAGAGUCUCCCAGAAAUGCUCAAAUUGAGAACUUGUUGGUGCAGAAAGUACUUUUAAAAAUGUGAUGUUUGCAUUAAGGCAGUGGUUCCCAAAGGGGGGGUGGUCCUACCCGCCUGGGGGGCAGGAUUACCUAGGGAGACCCUCAGAGGCAAGGCAGUGGAGUGGGGGCGCAAGAGGUGCAAACAACAGUCAGACUUUUAAAAGCUGCUACCAUUGGAUCAAGUUCAUCAAUUCUGUCAAAUUAAUUAAACUUAAAUAGUUUUAAUUGAAUAAAUGUGCAGUUAAUUGUUACUGCUUUGAAGUUUAUUGGGCUAUUAUCUUCCUUAGUGGGCCAUGCAAACCGCUAUUCUGAAACAAAAUAGGUUUUUUAUAGGGUACGGCAGUGCUUUUUUUAAAAAUAAAUGUUUAGGGGUACUCUCAUUUUGACUCAAGAAAAUCACCGUUUUAUAGUUCAAGUUGGGGAAAAUAAAUACAGGAAAUAGACAAAAGUACAAAGAUUAACAAAAUGUUUAGGGGUAUGCGCAUAGCUGUCGACUUUUCCCUUUUCUUGCAAGGAAUCCUACUCGGAAUAAGGGAAUUUCCCUUUAAAAAAGGGAAACGUUGACAGCUAUGGGUAUGUGUCCCCCCAGAAAAAAAGGCACUGGGGUUGGGGGGGUGGCCCAAAAAAGUUUGGGAACCAUUGGAUUUUCCUGUGGGGCAAGGGCUGUCAGUCCAGGAGAACCUCAGAACCUAAGAUCUCAGGGCCCAAAGCUGAGCUCCAAGGGCGACCCCUUGUGAUGUCAUGAAGGGUGAGUCCUGAGGAUUCUUCCCAACACUGAGCACUGGAGAGGGAGGUUAAUUGGGAGAGACAAGGAAGGCAGACCUCUCUGAUUCUGCCCUUUUCCCCCUCUUUACAGCAAAGGAACUUGGAAUCGAGAUAUUGAAGUCAGCGCUGAAGAAGGAAACGUUCCACAACAUAAAUGGUUCUUACACUGUUCCGCUUGCUGGGAAAGUGUCGUAUUCUGUAUCUGGGUAAGCGAGAGUUUGUGGCUCCCCACCUCCCCUCUUCUUGGCUCCGGACCACCAGAGUGGUCCGGAGUACCUCAGGUUGAGAACAGUUUCAGGUUAAGAACGGACCUCCAGAACGAAUUAAGUUCUUAACCCGAGGUACCACUGUACUAAUACUAAUACUAAUUGGAAGUUGGAAAGCGUAAUGCUGGUGGUCACCAAAGAGGUUUAAAGACUGCCUUAAGGCAAGUUUUUUAAAAUGUAGUAUAAACACCAACAAUUGGGAAACACUUGCCUGCUAGUGCUCCAGUUGGAGGACAGCCUUUUACCAAAGGUGUCAUGGGCUUUGAAGACACUCAAACUCAGGAUGCAAGGGAGAAACGUGCUAAGAGGAAGGCACGCUUGGCAAAUCCACACUGUGAUCAACUCCUGCCCGAAAACCAAUGUCCCCAUUGUGGAAGGACAUGUGGAUCCAGAAUUGGCCUCCACAGUCACUUAUGGACUCAUUGUUAAAACCGUGUUUAUGGAAGACAAUCUUACUCGUCUACGAGGGAUCGCCAAAGAAGAAAACUAAUACUAAUACUAAUAGUCUGGCUUUGGUAUAAGGCAGCUGCCUGUGUUCCUUUGCCCACACCAGCCCAAGGAAGUGUUCAUGAUAUAGGAUAAUAAUAUAUUAAGGAUAGAAUAACAAAUAAAGUGAAGAAUGUAACAAUAACAAAAAUAAUAGUAGGUAAAGAAGAUCGCACACAGGUGGGGGGGGAGGGAGGUGAAGGGUUUAAUUGAAAUUGUUAAAAAUUGGUAUAGGAUUUAAGAGAUUUAAUUUUUUAUAAAGAUUCUAUAAGGAAAGCAGAAAGCAGCAAGAAAUAUCAAGUAAAGGUAUCGCGAGGAGAUCAGUGUAAAUGAAAACAUGAGACUUAUGGUUUUGUUACAUAUGAUUUUAUUCUGGAGUUGUUUGUUGUAAAGAAUGUAUAUUACGUGAAUAAAAUAAUAAAGGAUUUGGAAAUUUUAAAAAAAGGAAAUGGAAAUGUUCAGCAGGAACAUGUCUCUCUGUUCUACUUUUUAGGGUACAGGUCACUGAAUUCCAGGUGAACCAGGCAGGUGCUGAGUUUGCUGCCGGGACGGGUGUCGACCUUUCCGUCCAAGAUGCCAAAGUCUUGAUGAGCGGUAACUGGAAGUUGGCAUCCUUUUUAGGGUAAGAACUGCCUGCUGUCAAGGAGCAGUCUUCCACUGCCUCCUGCAGUUUGGUCAAACUCAUGCUGGUAGCUUCGAGAACACUGUCCCACCAUCUCGUCCUCUGUCGUCCCCUUCUCCUUGUGCCCUCCAUCUUUCCCAACAUCAGGGUCUUUUCCAGGGAGUCUUCUCUUCUCAUGAGGUGGCCAAAGUCUUGGAGCCUCAGCUUCAGGAUCUGUCCUUCCAGUGAGCACUCAGGGCUGAUUUCCUUCAGAAUCGAGAGGUUUGAUCUUCUUGCGGUCCAUGGGACCCUCAAGAGUCUCCUUCAGCACCCUACAAUUACACCAACUGAAAUACCGACAAUACAAAAAUGCAAGGAUAAAUGCUACACUUAUGUGACUUCCCUCCACCAGUGUUCGUCAUUUUUUAAUAUUCUUAUUUAGAUUGCAAUUUGUAACUCUCAUCCUUAGUAUUAUUUCUUAGUUCUGGGAACUGUAGCUCUGUGAGGCGCAAACUCCAUUUCCCAGGAUUCUUUAGGGGGAAGCUGUGUGCUUUUGUGUGUUUGCAGCUGCCCUGGCUGAAAAAAACAUUCAGUUGCUGGUCCAGUCAAUGUCUCUACCUGGAAAUGGAAGGGGUGGCCAUCUUUUCCUUCACAUCAGGACGCACAUCACAUCCCUCUUGCAGGCUUUCUGGCUGGGCAUUGUGCUCCAUCUACCUGGGGGACAGAGCCAGCCCAGACACCCUUUCAGUUUCUGCAUCCCAUCUUCAGGAGGCUAUCCUGGCUGUACACCAUCACUGUUCUCCUUGCCUCGUUCCAAUGCAAUGACUGCAUCUUUCCCCUACAGAGAUGACAGUGGCACUGUUGACAUCAACAUCGACCGUCUCACCAUCUCUACUGUUAUGGGAGUGGACAGGGGCGAUGAAGGACGGCUUCGGGUGUGGUAUGAAAGCUGCCGUUCUGCCAUGGGGGACUUCAGGUUGAAAUUCUACGGGGGAACCAGGUACCUCUAAUUCCUUAUUUUCCUAGACACUGAAAGGCAAAGGGCUACAGCUCAGUGAGAGAGCACCUCCUUUGCGUGUAGAAGGUCCUGGUUCAGUCUCCAGCAUCUUCAGGUAUUGGUGGCAUAGACACCUGCUUGAAACCCUAGAGAGCCAUGACUGAGCUAAUGGACCAUUUUUUAAAGAAGAGCUUUUAACUUGGGUGAGUUAGAUUGAAAUGAUCACUUACAGUUUCUGGAGUUCAAAGGCUUUAUUCAUGCAGGAGCAGAUUUAUCUUGGUAGGAACUAUUUACAGGAUCGGUAGAGAUGAAAAGAGAGAAAAUGGAUCAGCUUUUAGGGGUGGAGUUAGCUUAAAAAGAGAGGCUACAAACAAGUGCUGGCUAUAUUGCUAAACAAACAGUGCCCUCAUGUGGUUUAAAGUAACACAUUGCCGCUGUUGGAAUAGCUCAGUCAGUAGAGCAUGAGGCUCAUAAACCAAAAUCUAAUCUCUCUUCCCUACCCAAAGCUUGGACGAUGUCCCACAGAGAAGGGGCACCUCUCUUGCUUAAGGCACUGCAAAGCCCCUCCUCUAGGUUGGAAGAACAGCAGUGUUAGAUUAGCCAUCAUACUGACAUUUGCUGCUUCUUUCUCCCACAGCUGGCUGUACAACAUUGCAGCGUCUGCUCUCAGGGACAUGCUGAAGUCAGAAGUCAAUCAACAAGUAAGAUUUUUGAACUUCUUAGUUGAAGGACAAAAGCUGGACCUUAUUACAGCUGCCCGUCUCCAUUGCCCUGCCCUGCUCUGCGUGUGAAGCCCUGGUACAUUAAAUCAGAGACAGGGAAACUGUAGCCCUGUGCAGGCAGUUGGACUACAAUGCCCAUCAUCCCUGAGCAUUGGCCAUGCUGGCUGCAGGGGCUGAUGGGAGUUGGAGUCCCUCAACAUCUGGGAGAGCCACAGGAUCCUUUGCCCCCAGCAUUAAAUGCAUAUGUUUGUGGUGGAGCAAUCACCUAGUCCCAGAGUGGAAUAAUAAUAUAAUAAUGCCACUCUGGGCAGCUCCCAAUCGAAUAUUAAAAACACAAUCAAGCAUCAAACAUUAAAAACUUUCCUAAACAGGGCUGCCUUCAGAUGUCUUCUAAAGGUCAUACGGUUGUUUAUGUCCUUGACAUCUGAAGGGAAGAUGUUCCACAGGGCAGGUGCCACUACCGAGAAGGCCUUCUGCCUGGUUCCCUGUAACCUCAUUUCUUGCAGUGAGGGAACCGCCAGAAGGCCCUCAGAGCUGGACCUCAGUGUCCAGGCUGAACGAUGGGGGUGGAGACACUCCUUCAGGUAUACAGGACCGAGGCCGUUUAGGGCUUUAAAGGUCAGCACCAACACUUUGAAUUGUGCUUGGAAACGUACUGGGAGCCAAUGCAGGUCUUUCAAGACCGGUGUUAUAUGGUCCUGGCAGCCGCUCCCAUUCACCAGUCUAGCUGCCGCAUUCUGGAUUAGUUGUAGUUUCCAGUCACCUUCAAAGGUAGCCCCACGUAGAGAGCAUUGCAGUAGUCCAAGCAGGAAAUGAUGAUGAUGAUGAUGAUGAUGAUAAUGAUGAUGAUUUAUUUAUACUCCACCCAUCUGGCUGGGUUUCCCCAGCCACUCUGGGCUGCUUCCACCAGAAUAUUAAAAUACAGUAGUCUAUUAAACAUUAAAAGCUUCCCUAAACAGGGCUGCCUUCAGAUGUCUUCUAAAACUAGAGCAUGCACUACUCUGGCGAGACCGUCUGCGGUAGAGCAUCUGUUCUUCGUGCAGAAGGCUACAGGUUCAAUCCCCGGGGAGAUCCCGAACUGUUUGAAAUUAUGGAGAGCUGCUGCCAGUUAGUGUAGGCCGUAUUCAUCUGGAUACACCAAUAGUCAGACUCACUUCCUACCUUCCUAAGUGUCCCCCCUUUCAGCUGGUUCCAGUUUCCCCUCUCCCUUUGUGAUGGGAAGAGAACUCCAGGUGACAUUCACUGUGCAUCCCUCUGAAUGUUACGGGCUUUCUCCCCUUCCAGCUCUGUUCAGAGGUCAAGAAAGGAAUCGAUAAGAUUGCAGAAAUCCUGAAAACCAUGAAUGGUAAGCACCUUGUAUGCCUGGAGCUACCAGGUCAAAAUCACCCUUCUGGGAAUAAUUUCUGGCACACUGGUCUGCACCUUGCUAAACAUUGGCUUUCUCCGUGUCCUUUUCCAGUCUCGGCCCAGUUGGACCCCAUUGCAGGGAUAGACUAUUCCUUGGUGGAAAAGCCCAUGAUUGAUGUGGAUCGAUGCAAUGUGGACCUGAAGGUAAUGAUAACCUUGCAGGGAUGGAGGCAGCAGGGAUCCAGCAGAUCAUUUCAGAUUGUCUGUGGAUCUGCGAAGCCUUUUUUCAAACCUCUCCGUCCCAGCCUUCUGGUGAAGCCUGGUCCCCAAGUAGGUAGAGCUUUGUAGCACUGUGAGAAUAAAUAGCUGUUUCUCUUUCUGUGCGGCCUUCCCAAGGUGGAAUGGGAAGCAAUUGCCAGAGCAGUUGUCCAAAACAAGAGAGACUGGAAAGGUGGUUUGAUGGAGAUGGAUUGAGAAUUCAAUGGGUAAAUUUAAAUUUUAACCUCCUGUGUGUGAGAAAUAUGAGAGUAAAUAGGCCGUGAAGCCCUUUUAGCAGAAUAAAAACACUUGCACACUUUUGCAGCCUACUGGAAGCUAGGAAUUAGGCAGUUACACCUUUAUCGCUGUUUGCUUGUGAUCUGCUGCCCUUUCCAUUCUUUAUCCCCGCUGCUAAGAAUAAACCACACAUUUUAGUAAAAGCGAAAAGGUUUACUUACAUUUCAACGCAGGCAGCAAAUACUUCUAAGUAGUAUUUGUCAGUUUGCAUUUCCGCGCGCUGCUCUGGUUCGCCAGAAGUGGCUUAGUCAUGCUGGGCACAUGACCCGGAAGCUGUACACCGGCUCCCUCAGCCAAUAAAGUGAGAUGAGCGCCGCAACCCCAGAGUCGGCCACGACUGGACCUAAUGGUCAGGGGUCCCUUUACCUUUAUGUCACAUGUCCACCACAUGUAGAAGAAACUGCCUUCUUUCACCCCACACUUCCAAUAGGUUUCAUACCUGGGAUCUGCCUACAAAUUCUUCCUUCUUUCUGAGUAUUAACGGAAAAUCCGAGGGCUCCCUUGAACAAAAACAAAGACACCAACUAGGAUAACUUGGAGCAAAACAGCAGCCUGUAGGCUUGGCCUUUAUUGAAUACUGUCCCACCCGCAACAAGAUGAAGCAAAAUGGAAGCCCAGAACAAAAGAAGACCCCCAACUUUAAUUAGUUACUAAUCCUCCAAACUACACCCCUAAGACUACAUCACAACUACAUCACAAAAAGGAGGGGUUGAGGGAGGAGUUGGUGGUAACCUGAGUGUCCUGUCACCUGGCUGGUUCCCCCUUUCCCCCUCCCCAUGAGUCACUUCCAGGAGACAAAGGGGAGUUGGCAGUUUCCUGCCCCCAGAGGGAAGAGCUGGUCAUUGUCCUUUGUUCCAGUCCUGCUGAAUCCACUCCUAUAUGCAAGUUCUUUGUGAUCUUGAUGGUCUUCUGUCUAGGACCAUCAGGGUUGGCAUAGCAACUGGGCAGGGUUCCUGUGUAUGUGCUGGUAUGCUCAAGGGAUUAUGGCUGUCCUGUAUCAAACCUUCCCCAUUUUGUAGUCCUUCCUUCAUGGGGUAAAAUGAAAGCGGAACGGUGCAGAUCCGAUGUAUGGUUGAUUUUCUAUGAAUUUAUAACAGAAGCGUAGCGUAUGUAGUGUGAGUGUGAGUGUGUGUGAAGUUUGUACAAACUGAAUGAUUGGGGGGGGGGUUCCUGUGACAUGAGGCAGGUGGCAAUCUGUGGAGCUCCCUCCACAAGUUGACCAUCUUCCCUCCUCUUCUCUCCUAGGGUCAGUUCUACACGGUGGGAAAGACCCUCCACAGCGGCCCCUUCCAGCCUGCCCCCUUCCUCUUACCCAACCAGACAGACUCCAUGAUCCUCCUGGGCAUCUCUGAACUCGUCGCCAACUCAGCUGCCUUUGUGUACUACACUGCAGGGGCGCUCAGGGUGAACUACACGGAUGCCAUGGUAAGGAGGUGUGGAUGUGCACAGGGCCUGUCAAGGCCAUGAGGCCCAGGUACACGGUCCCAGGUUCGAAUCCUGGCGUCACUAGUUGAUAGGCUACGAGGCUGAAAAGUCCCCAGUCCAAAUCCUUGGAGACAGAGGCGGAGCUAGCUGCUCCGGCACCCGGAGCAGCGCACGGGGGCACGGCUAGCUGCCUGGGGGCGGGGCUAGCAGGGGCGGUGCCAGCGUAUCAGGGCGGUGCCACCCACAGCGAGUGGUAAGGACCCACAUACCUACGGGACUGCCUCUCCUGGUAUGCCCCGCGGAGGACCUUAAUGUCCACAAAUGACAACAUUUUGGAGGUCCAAGGUCGCAAGAAAGUUAAUUGGUCUCAACUAGGGCCAGGGCCUUUUCAGUACUGGCCCCGAUGUGGUGGAACGCUCUGUCCCAAGAGACCAGGGCCCUGCGGGACUUGACAUCUUUCUGCAAGGCCUGCAAGACAGAGCUGUUCUGCCUGGCCUUUGGUUUGGACUCAGUCUGACCCUUAUGUUGCCCUCUCCUUAUGGUUUUGAUCUAUGGGCUACUAUUAAAAUGAGGCUGCAUUUUAAAUUGUAUUUUUAACCUGUAUUUUAAAUUGGUCCCCCCCCCCCUUAUUAUGUUUUUAUUGUAAUUUUACUGGUGUUAGCCGCCCUGGCCAGGGAGGGCAGGGUAUAAAUAAAUUAUUAUUAUUAUUAUUAUUAUUAUUAAGCGUCCCAGGGAGGUGAUCGGCACAGCAAUCAGCGCCCAUUGGGGGUGAUCAGUGCAGCAAUUGGCACUCAGGGGGGUGAUUGGUGUGGCGACUGGCGCCCAGGGGGGGCAGUGUGAUGAUCUGCCAUGGGGGGGGUUGUCCCCCUCCUCCCCCGGAUGACACUCGGGGUGGGCCACCCCCUCCCCCCCUUCCUACGUCCCUGCUUAGAGAGCUGCUAUGAGUGUAGACAAUCAGUUAUACAGACACACAGACAUAGAGGGUCAAAGGUAAAAGUAAACUCUCUCGCAUUGUUUCAUAUAUGUUUUUAUUGCAUUGUGAAAGCUCUUUGAGAUGCUUCAUAUGAAGCGCUCCGUAAAUUAAUUAUAAUUAUUAAUUCUGAGCUAGAUGGACUGAUGUCCUGACUGGGCAAGAGGCAACUUCUCAGGGUCUGAUGGGUCUUGACUUAUUUGCCAUAUUUCAAAAAGUAAAAUUCCUGACUCCCGCAAAAAUGUGUGAGCUUUUUUUUUAGGAAACCAGCUUUUUUGGGGGAACAAGCCCAAAUUCCCCCCAGAUAGUGAUUUUAAGCUUUUGGAGCUGUUUCGGGUGCUUUUUCCAUCGCAUUGCCAGGUUUUCACUGACAUUUUGCCUAUUCAGCUAAAUUCCCCCCGGACACCAUGCUUACACCCAAAAACCAGGACAUGUCAGGAAUUUUCCCGAUGUACGGCAAGCCGAUCCUUGCCUGAACCCCUCUUAGGGCUGAUUCAAACCUCUGAAGGUGUGGCUCUACUAUGGAACGAAUGAAGCUUCUAACUCCCGCAACCAUAACUUGAAACUAAUAAGGCAUAGAAAAUGUUUAUUCACACCAGUGACUAUGGCAUGUGAGAUAAUCCGGUACAGCAAUUUUAAUCAAAAUAAGAGGUGGUGUAGUUAAUUUUUUUUAAAAAAAUCUGGUGAUCUGUCAUGGAACAGCCCCACGGAAGAUGAUAGCAAUGGUUGCCCAGACCUUGUAGCUGGUUGCAAAGGCCCCCCCAAAAUGUAGCUCUGCCAUUGCACCUCCGACUGUCCCCCCUUCUCCUGGAGAAAUGUGAUAUUUAGCCCUGAACAAAUGGCAGUUGGGUUUUCCGUGGAUGGCUGUUUGUUCCAGUUUAGCACUAAAGAGCAGCUCAUCCAAGUGAGAACUGUGGGGCAAAGGCAAGAUCGCACAUACCUGGUCCUAGACAACACAGGACAAGCGGAAAACCUUUCUAGGCCCAGGACAAGAAGAAGUGUGGGUGGUCCCUGAUCUCCAAAGAUUACGGAGAGCAAAUCCAGUGCGUCAGCCUGGAAACUGGGGCUGUCCCAAUCGAACAUUCACACGCGUUGUCGUUUCAGGUUCCCAAAAGUUUGCCUUUGCGUCUGAACACCAAGAAUGUGGGGAUAUUUGUACCAGAGGUGAGUUCAGUCUUGUGAAGGUGGGGGAAUUAUUGCCAGGGGUGGGGAGGAACAGAGGGCAAUGUGAUUGCCCCACCCAGCCACAAGAGCCAAAUGUAAAGCUGAAAAUCUCUUGUGAAAUCCUUUCUCUCGUGAAAUAUUCUCUCUUUUGGAGCAAUGGGUCACAAAAAGGUUUUGUUUGUUGUGUCGUAGAAUCAUAGAAUUGCAGAGUUGAUCACAAAGGUCUCUUAGUCAAACCCCCUGCAGCACAGGAAUCACAGCCAAAGUUGAUGCUGCAUAAAAUUUUCAUGUCCUAGGUGCACGGGCAUCAUUUAAAUGGCCCAUGAGCUGCCCCCGAACCGAGCCACCCGCUCGGCGAGUCCCCGUGCACUGCGCUAAACUGGCGCAGCGCGGAGCGGAGACUCGCUUCCGCUGCAGUGGAAAUUGCGUCUGCGCAGACCCACGGAGCGAUUUCCGCGGGAGUGAAGCAGCCCAGGCGAGGUAAAUCUUGCCAACCCCUGCUGUAGGCUGGGGAUUAAUAUACACAGAACAAUAAUUAUACAUACUUUAUCAACCUUCUGAGAAAAAUACAAAACAUAAACAAAGCCACAGAGACUUGAGAACUACUCAACCUAAAAUGAACUUAUAACUACAACUUCAUUAACAUCUGUCUACAACUCCAUUAGCAUCUCUCGGUACUGUGAAUAACACCAAACUUACCUUUUGUUGGUAUCUUCAUGAACUUAUCUAAAAGAUGGAGUUAAGCCUUUGAAAAAUCUAUUGAAACCAGACAUUAUAAGUUCAUCUUAGGCUGGGUAGUUCGCAAGUCUCUGUGGCUUUGUUUAUGUUUUGUAUUUUUCUCAGAAGGUUGAUAAAGAAUGUAUAAAUAUUGUUCUGUGUAUAUAAUCGCCAACGUGUUGCGUGAGUCACACUACUCAUAUCAGCAGUACAGUUUGCAUUUUUCUAGCAUAACCCCUGCUGUAGGGGCAAUCUUUUCCGGAAGAUAUUUGUAUUUCGAGGAGUUUAGUGAUCUGACAUGGUCAUUUCUUCCUGCCUCUGUUUACUUCCCCUCUCUAUCUCUUGUUCUGCUCUUUGACGGCUGUGAACAGCCUUUAAUUUGUUGGAAGGAAGUGAUGAUGCAGGGUACCUUCUGACCUCCUUUGAUGUUAGACAUUGUUUGGAGGAACGUGCGGUAUUGGAAGAGGGGGCUAGCUAAUUAAUAAUCUGCACUAGCUAGCUACGCUUGGUAUGUAUAUACAGUGGUACCUCGGAUUACAUACGCUUCAGGUUACAUACGCUUCAGGUUACAUACGCUUCAGGUUACAGAUGCUUCAGGUUACAGACUCCACUAACCCAGAAAUAGUACCUCGGGUUAAGAACUUUGCUUCAGGAUGAGAACAGAAAUCGUGCUCCGGCGGUGCGGCAGCAGCAGGAGGCCCCAUUAGCUAAAGUGGUGCUUCAGGUUAAGAACAGUUUCAGGUUAAGAACGGACCUCCGGAAUGAAUUAAGUACUUAACCCAAGGUACCACUGUAUUGCUUGCUGUUUAGAAAUAAAAUCUUCUUCUUCCCGCUCACUUGUGUUUUGCAUUGCUUCUGAAUCUCCUUUUAUCUUGCAUUUGGCAAGACGGGUGCAAAGGAGCACAGCUGCACAAGAACAAUCUCAAAGUACUGAAUAUUUUUGAUGACACCAAUGUAGAUGCCGCAAAACCCCCGUUCCACAUUUGUAAGAACUUGAUCAUUUAGUGUGGCGGCACCUGGAACUCCCUGCCUCUUGAUCUCAAGCAGGCAUCCUCACUGAAUCUCAUUAAAAGAACCACCUUGCAUUUAGCAAGACGCACCCACCCCGUAAUGAUUCUCAUGUGGAAGCACCCCCGGGCGCAGAAAUAUUGAUCUCUCCCCGUGCCACUGACCCAAUCAUAAUGAAACACCCGUUCCAUCGCAGCGCCUCUCUUUUCUCCCCUCCGCAGCUGAACGAGCGCUUUCCAAAUAUGCCCAUGGAGUUCCACCUGGCUGCCCAAAAGGAACCUGAGAUACGCUUCCAGCCCACCGGGAUGGAGGUCACGCUCUUUGCGUCUGCAGAGGCCUUCGUCAUCCUCCCAAACGCCAGCCUGGCCUCCGUGUUCCUGCUGAAUAUUGUAAGCAUCGUUAACAGGUGGGGUUGGUGGAGGAACGGAGAUCCCUGUCCUUCUAUGAGGUGGUGGUGAGAGGCUGCAAUGUGAACCGUCUUAAAGGACGAGUGUGUUGGGAGGUGUGCCUCAACAGGUCUUCUGCUGCUACUAGCGCAGCAAAACAGUGCCUGUGUCGCACAGGGUUGGACUAGAUGACCCUAGGGUCCCUCCAGCUCUACAAUUUUAUAAGUGUGCUUUUGGGAGCUGUAAGGGGAGGCUGACCCUGCUUUCUUACUUAAAGCUAGCCCAGAGAGUGAUCUUGCCUGUCGGCUUCUUCCCUCCCCGGCUCAGGGUGGAUGGGGACGAAGCCCGAACAUGUCGGCCCUCGCUGCCGUUGGCUCUGGCUUCCUCCAUUGUUGGUUUAGCGCCACCUGCUGUUUGGCUCCCAACCUUCUGCCCUACCUGAAGUGAAGGACAUGAGGCAGGAGUUGAUAAUGCAGGUGAGCUGUGCACAAGCAAGCUGCUGGCUAGCUCUGUGAAGGUUCCUUUUAUUGGCACAAUAUGCAAACCCAGGUAGAUACAUUUUGGGCUGUGACCUUUAUGCAUCUUUCAGUCCCGAGAUCGUGGGGUGGUACAAAGUUACUUUGGCACCUGUUUCCACCGCGUCAUUUUCCCCUUGCACAAUGUAUGACGAAAGAGACAAAGGUCUCAGAGACAAAGGUCACAGACAGGACAUGGCAGACUAGUGAGACCGCAAAAGGUUAGACAGAGGGCAAGAUGUUCAGACAGCUGUGGCCUUAUCUGUGAGGGGGAGUGUGCUCCACACCCCAAGGUCACGCGUGCAGACAGCUGAGCCUGUCCGCAGGCGGAAGUGUGCUCUGUUACUUUCUGUUUGCAACUGAGCAGCUGCUUAGAGUCACAAGGCUCUGUUUACAUUCCCGAGACAGUCCAGGCUAUUGGAAGUCUCACGGGAGAAGGGAGACGGAUGUGGCGUACUGGUUUCUCUGUUCCUUUGUUCUUUGGUUCAGUUGCUCUCUGCUGUUACAGGGAGAGGAUGUAUAUUUCUUUGCUGUCUGCGUAGCUUAGAAAUAAAGCAUAGCAUGUAGCCAUAAAUCUCAUCACUUCCGCAUGCUGUUUUGGAUUCUCUGCUGAAUGGGGGAACGUGCCUUGGAGCCUCAUCAAAGGCUCAGGCCAUUAAUUAUUCGUCGGGAGGGCGAUUCUAGAAGAUGAGCUUUAUCAGCUUGGCCAAGUGGAGAUCCCGACAUGCUCCACAACCCAGCGAUCAUUCCUACAUACCAUUCCUCGAUGCUCACAGGAAGCAUGAACGGCCUUAGAUGCAUCACCCAACCCAGACUCUGCUCAUACUCUUCUGGCUAUUCUCUCACUUUGGCUUACAGGACGCCAACCUCACGGGACAACCCCUUCUUAAGCCUGGGAAGUCUGGGAAGUCCCUUGGCUAUGCCGGGGCUUCUGUGGCCCUGAAAAAGUGAGUAUCGCUCCUCUUCUAUGGCUCCAGGGUCUUCCUCUUAUUCCGCACUCCCCUUCCCCAAUCCCCAGGAUUAGCACAGGAUUCCCGCCUGCUGUUCUCUCACCUUUAAUGUGGGCCUCCGUGCAAUUAUUAUUAUUAUUAUUAUUAUUAUUAUUAUUAUUAUUAUUGCACGGGCCUCGGUCCAAUAUACCUGAUGGAGCAUCUCCACCUCCAUCAUUCUGCCCAGACACUGAGGUCCAGCGCCAGGGCCUUCAGGCGGUUCCCUCAUUGCGAGAAGCCAAGUUACAGGGAACCAGGCAGAGGGCCUUCUCGGUGGUGGCACCCGCCCUGUGGAACGCCCUCCCACCAGAUGUCAAAGAGAAAAAUAACCACCAAACUUUUAGAAGACAUCUAAAGGCAGCCCUGUUUAGGGAAGCUUUUAAUGUUUAAUAGGUUAUUGUAUUUUAGUGUUUUGUUGGAAGCCACCCAGAGUGGCUGGGGAAACCCAGCCAGAUGGGCGGGGUAUAAAUAAUAUAUUAUUAUUAUUAUUAUUAUUAUUAUUAUUAUUAAUUGCCCCUGCCCAUCACCACCUGCUUUGCAUGCAGAAAGCUCCAAGUUCGGUCCCUGGCAUUGCUGGGUGCAGAUGGAAGGACUUGGGAGACGGGAGUUUAAAUCCCAACUUGGCCAUUAAGCUCAUUGGGUGACCUGAGGGGCCAGUCACUGGCUGUCAGCCUAACCUACCUCACAGGGCUGUUGGGAGGAUUAAAUGAGAACAAUGCAUAUACCCCCUUGAGCUUAACCGGAGGGAAAAGGUGGGAUAUAAGAAAUGGAAUGAAGAAGCAAAUGUUCCCGAGAGCAUAAAACAGGAGUCAGCAAACUUACCGUACCUCGGGCCGGUGUCUCCAGCGCCGAUCGUGCGGCGGGCCGGAGGGUGGGGGAGUGUGUGCCCAUAUGUGUGCGCACAUGCUAUUUCCGGCUCACUUCCGGGUCGGAGGAGCACCGGAAAUAGGUUGUGCGCAUGUGCAGGGGCCUCCUCCGACCCAGAUGUGCACCAGAAAGAAUGCUUGCACAUGCACAAAUAAUGCUUGCGCAUGUGCACAAGCUAUUUCCGGUGCUCCUCCGACCCGGAAGUGGGCAGCCGCGCAGUGCAGCACCGGUAAGAGUGGGCGGUGGCGGCGGGUGGCUGGUGUUGCUGUGGGCCGGAUAAACGAGUCCCUCGGGCCUUAUCUGGCCCGUGGGCCUUAGUUUGGGGACCCCUGGCAUAAAUGAACCCCGACUUGGUGCUUUCUCAUCCUUCUGUGUACCCUGCAGGUUGCGCCUGUCCAAGGAAUGGUCCAAGGUUGGCGAGAUCAGGGUGAGUAUAGAGGAGGAGCUCAGGAGGAUGAAGGAAUGGGUGGGGCUUGGAAUCUGGAGACUGGGAUUGUGAGAUGCACCUAGCUGUGCACAUUAGGGUGGUUCAUAAAAAACUUUUUUUUGAAAAUGCCUGCUCCAAAGGUCUUAUCUUACUACACUAGGGAUUAUAUAGCUAUACAGUCAUACCUCAUGUUACGUCCGCUUCAUGUUACGUCCUUUCAGGUUACGUCCCGCGGCGACCUGGAAGUACCAGAAAGGGUUACUUCCGGGUUUCUUCGCUCGCGCAUGCGCAGACGCGCAAAAUGACAUCAUGCGCAUGCGCAGAAGUGGUGAAUCGCAACCCGUGCGUGCACAGAUGCGCCGCUGCGGGUUGUGUUCUUUUCAUGUUGCGAAUGGGCCUCCGGAACGGAUCCCGUUCGCAACCAGAGGUACCACUGUAUCUGAAAUUUCGUGCAUAUCAGUGAAUAUCUUGACCGUCCUCCAUGAAAAUAGCUGUUUACUAGGGCCGUUUUCCUAUGUCGUGAAGGCUGAAAUUUCAAUUCAGUGGAGCAGGGUCAAGAUAUUAAUUGAUAUGCAUGAAAUUUCAGAUAUAUCUAUAUAAUCCCUAAUGUAGUAAGAGAAGACCUUUGGAGCACGCGUUAAAAAAAAAAAAGUGCACACACACUCUUCCCUCCUUAAAACCAGUGCUUUUUUUCUGGGGGGACACAGGGGUACGCAUACCCCUCAACUUUUUGUGAAUCUAAGUUUGGCCUCAUUGAGGGGCAGUAUUUCAAUAUGAGUAGGAAAAUAAGAAUACCCCUAAACAUUUUUUUUAGACUUUUUUUUUUAAGCACUGCUUAAAACUAUACGUCCGGGUUCUCAAAAGAGAUAGAGAUAGAUAGAUAGAUAGAUAGAUAGAUAGAUAGAUAGAUAGAUAGACAGAUAGACAGAUAGACAGAUAGACAGAUAGACAGAUAGACAGAUAGACAGAUAGACAGAUAGAUGAUAGAUAGAUAGAUAGGAAGGGGCAGACGUCUGGGGAAAACGAUUCCCUCCCCCCAUGUUUGUUUUAUUAUUUUUCCAAAUUAUUACAAAUCAAACCGAAUUAAUUUCAUUUAAUACAGUGGUACCUCUGGAUACGAACGGGAUCCGUCCCGGAGCCCCGUUUCUCAUCCAGAGCAGAACGCAACUCGCGUCUGCGCAUCUGCACGUGUGCAGGUUGUGAUUUCCCACUUCUGCGCAUGCGUGUGACAUCAUUAUGAGCAUCUGCACAUGCGCGAUCGGCGAAACCUGGAAGUAAUGCGUUCCAUUACUUCCGGGUCGCCACGGAGCGCAACCUGAAAAUGCUCAACCUGAAGCAACUUCAGCCCGAGGUAUGACUGUACAAUUCCUAAAAAUCAGGUUUCCCGCUCCUGUUCCAAACAUAUGACCACCAUCAUUUCCUCGCAUAGCCAAAUCAUUUUCUUUUAGAGUCCAGUUGACAUCCUUCACUUGCCGUCAAACCAUUCUUCCAGCUGGCUACUUUUUUCAUCUUACAAACAGCACCUCAGUUACAUCUUAUAAAAAAAAAUUCCCUUUCACAUGUGCAGUCCUUCAUGUACAUUGUUUUUCCAGGUGCAUGCAUUUUAUGAAAUAAUAGAAUAAAUAAAGUUUGCAUUGGUUUCCCGGCCUGCUUAGCCUCUGGCCCUGCCCAACACUGCCAUGUGGCCCCCAGAAGAAGAGAAUGUGGCUCUCGGGCUGAAAAGCUCCCUGCUUCCUGUAUGGUGACCCUACAUUUCUAGAUGUUUGAUUCCUCCACUUUUCAAACCCACUGUAUUUGUGCUACACAGGUGACUGUUUUGGAGACGCUGCUGAAGGCAGCCAGCAACUUGGGGAUGUCAAGGCUCAACAGUGAGUGCACAACAGUUUUCCUCUCCCGCUUCUGCUGGGGGUCCCCCUUCCUCUGCCACCUCCCACCUUAUUUGGGAUGGAGCAUCUGCUUUGCAUGCAAAAGAUCUCAUUUUCAGUCCCCUGGAAUCUCUUGCCUGAAGUUGUGGAGAGAUGCUGCCAGCCAGUGUCAACAGUACAGAGCUAAAUAAUAAUAAUAAAUAAUUUAUUAUUUAUACCCCGCCCAUCGGGACAUGGGUGGCGCUGUGGGUUAAACCACUGAGCCUAGGGCUUGCCGAUCAGAAGGUCGGCGGUUUGAAUCCCCGCAACGACGGGGUGAGCUCCCAUUGCUCGGUCCCUGCUCCUGCCAACCUAGCAGUUCGAAAGCACGUCAAAGUGCAAGUAGAUAAAUAGGUACCACUUUGGCAGAAAGGUAAACGGCGUUUCCGUGCGCUGCUCUGGUUCGCCAGUAGCGGCUUAGUCAUGCUGGCCACAUGACCCGGAAGCUGUACGCCGGCUCCCUCGGCCAAUAAAGCGAGAUGAGCGCCGCAAGCCCAGAGUCGUCCGCGACUGGACCUAACGGUCAGGGUUCCCUUUACCCCUUUACCUUUACCCCGCCCAUCUGGCUGGGUUUCCCCAGCCACUCUGCGCGGCUUCCAACAGAAUAUUAAAAUACAAUAGUCUAUUAAACAUUAAAAGCUUCCUUAAACAGGGCUGCCUUCAGAUGUUUUCUAAAAGUCUGGUAGUUGUUCUUCUCUUUGACAUCUGGUGGGAGGGCGUUCCACAGGGUAGGCGCCACCACCGAGAAGGCCCUCUGCCUGGUUCCCUGUAACUUGGCUUCUCACAGUGAGGGAACCGCCAGAAGGCCCUCGGCGCUGGACCUCAGUGUCCUGGCAGAACGAUGGGGGUGGAGACGCUCCUUCAGAUAUACUGGGCCGAGAUGGCCAAUGGCUCCUGACUUCGAAUAAGGCCACUUCUAUGGGCUUUAGAAUAGGAUCCCAUGAACCUUUUAAAUUCAUGGGAUCCUAUUUUUAGAUUCACAGCUAAAUAAUCCCUGGCAGGUGGCCAUUAAACCUCUGCUUAAAAGCCUCCAAGGAAGGGGAGUCUACUACCUUACAAGCCAUCGAUAGGCCUCUUCCCUUCCAUGAAUUUGUCCAAUUCCCUUUUAAAGCCAUUUAGGUUGGUGGCCACCACUGCCCCUUGCUGUUUACCUGGUGUUGGGCAUCUUGGGACAGCUAUGCCCUGAAAGGCAACGUUAAACUUUCAGCUAAACAAAUCGUUUGCAUUUCUGUAGAACGGCUGAAGCAAGCGAUUGCUCUUCCAAACUUAUACGGCUCCAGUUUACUGAACUCUACUGUCAUGACGAACAAGGUGAGUUCCUACUGGUGGGAGAGAUGUGGCGGCUUCACUUUGCUUGUGAACCAGACUUUGUCAACCCAGAAGAUAGGAGCAAUCAAUAAUAAUAAUAAUAAUAAUAAUAAUUGUACGCGGCCAUCUGGCUGGGUUUCCCCAGCCACUCUGGGCAGCUUCCAACAAAGAUUAAGAAUACAUUAAAAUGUCACACAUUAAAAACUUCCCUGAACAGGGCUGCCUUCAGAUGUCUUCUAAAAGUCAGAUACAGUGGUACCUCAGGUUAAGAACUUAAUUCAUUCCGGAGGUCUGUUCUUAACCUGAAACUGUUCUUAACCUGAAGCACCACUUUAGCUAAUGGGGCCUCCCACCGCCACGAGAUUUCUGUUCUCAUCCUGAAGCAAAGUUCUUAACCCGAGGUACUAUUUCUGGGUUAGCGGAGUCUGUAACCUGAAGUGUCUGUAACGCAAGGUACCACUAUAGUUGUUUAUCUCUUUGACAUCUGGCUGGAGGGUAUUCCACAGGGCGGGCGCCACUACCAAGAAGGCACUCUGCCUGGUUCCCAGUUACUUGGCUUCUCGCAGUGAGGGAACCGCCAGAAGGCCCUCGGAGCUGGACCUUAGCGUCCAGGCAGAACGAUGGGGGUGGAGACUCUCCUUCAGGUAUAUGCUCCUUAAUGCCAGGCAAGCAAGCAAGCCAUGGCAAUGAGGAAGAAGAAGGUGUUCAGCAGGAGCAGCUGGUGAGAAUGGAAGUAAGGAGCAGAACUCUCUGCAGGUUGGAGGCUGUCUGGCCCAGGAACAGGAGAACCUGGAACCAGCAUGGGUUGGGAUCAGGACUCUCCUCCCAGGUAGGUGAGGCAAGGUGCCAAGCAGCGAUCUUAGCUCAAGACUGGCUUUAUCAUCUGGACAAAACAGGGUGUUCUGACCAGGGGAGUAUUCAGUCCAGAGAGGGACUCUGAUUUUCCCCAGAGCCAAGAAGGCACAGCUGAAAUUCCUUUUUGCACAAUGGAUCUUGAUAUUGUCGCUUACAAUGGGGUGCAGAGAACAAAGCUUUGCUCUUUUCAGCUCACGGCUUGAUCUGAUUAAGUUGAAGCAGGUCCGUCACGUUCGGGCAAAGUCUGAGAAGGCUGCAAAUGUCACCAGGCAAAAAAUGUCAAAAGGCGGCGCCGUUAAUUCCGCUCCAGGAGUCGAGAGAGCUUUGAUGGUUGCCUUUGGUCAUGCUCAGACCAGGUCAUGUUUCUGGGUGAUUAAGGUCAGUUAGGAAGCAUGAUUUUUGAUGGCAUCAUUCAGGAGCUAAGAUGGCGCCUGGGAACCAAAAUGGAGCCCAAGAGAGUUUGGACAAGACAAGGCCCAGUCGCAUGCCAAGGUCAGAUGUCAACCCAAGGCGAUGCCUUCUGUGAGGAGAAACCAAGAUAUGACCAGGCAGAGGGCCUUCUCAGUGGUGGCGCCCACCCUGUGGAACAAACUCCCAUCAGAUGUCAAGAAAUAAACAACUACCUGACUUUUAGAAGACAUCUGAGGGCAGCCCUGUUUAGGGAAGUUUUUAAAUGUUUGAUGUAUUUGUCGUGUUUUUAAUAUUCUAUUGGGAGCCACUCAGAGUGGCUGGGGAAACCCAGGCGGAUGUGUGGGGUAUAAAUAAAUUAUUAUUAUUAUUAUUAUUAUUAUUAUUAUUACUUGAGAUGCACUUUGAGGACGCCUGAGGGCCUUUUAGGAAGAGUCAGCAGCGAAAAUGAUAAAAGAAUAGAGCAGUUUUCUCCAACUACAACUCCCAUUAGCUCCAGCUGUGCUCACUGGGGCUGGUGGGAGUUUCAGCCCAAACACCUGGAUGGCUGUACUGGUUGAGGAAAGCUGGAACAGAGAAUUUUGCAAAUGUCUCUCUUCCUUGAAGAGGUGAAUCCACACAGCCCUCACAAACAAUGGGUAAGGAUACAGCCCUUGCUGGAGUAUUGCGCUCUUUGGAAUAAACUGAGGCACUGUGGUGUAGUGGUUAGUUGUUGUUGUUUAGUUGUUUACUUGUGUCCGCCUCUUCGUGACCCCCUGGACCAGAGCACGCCAGGCACUCCUGUCUUCCACUGCCUCCCGCAGUUUGGUCAAACUCAUGUUGGUAGCUUCGAGAACACUGUCCCAUCACCUCGUCCUCUGUCGUCCCCUUCUCCUUAUGUCCUCAAUCUUUCCCAACAUCAGGGUCUUUUCCAGGGAGUCUUCUCUUCUCCUGAGGUGGCCAAAGUCUUGGAGCCUCAGCUUCAGGAUCUGUCCUUCCAGUGAGCACUCAGGGCUGAUUUCCUUCAGAAUGGAGAGGUUUGAUCUUCUUGCAGUCCAUGGGACUCUCAAGAGUCUCCUCCAGCACCAUAAUUCAAAAGCAUCAAUUCUUCAGCGAUCAGCCUUCUUUAUGGUCCAGCUCUCACUUCCCUACAUCACUACUGGGAAAACCAUAGCUUUAACUAUACGGAUUUUUGUUGGCAAGGUGAUGUCUCUGCUUUUUAAGAUGCUGUCUAGGUUUGUGGUUAGAGUGUUGGACUAAGACCUGAGAGAGCAGGGUUCAAAUCCCCACACAGCUAUGAAGAUCUCACUGGGGAUGACCUUGGGCCGGUCACUGCCUCUCAGUCUAACCUACCUCACAGGGUUGUUGUGGGGAUUAAAUGAGGUGGGGGGCGAGAGAACCAUCAAUGGCACCUUGCUCUUUUUGCAGAAAAAAGUGGAAUAUAAAUGCCCAAAGGUGGCAUACAGUAAUACCUCUGCGAACGUCCACCUAGUGUCCAUUCUAGCAAACGUCCGCAGCAAACCCAGAAGUACCGGAAUGGGUUACUUCUGGGAUUGCCGCUCGCACAUGUGCAGAAACACUAAAUUGCACUCCGCACAUGCACAGAAGCACUACAUCAUGCUUCUCGCAUGCGCAGAAGCACAAACCGCUCUGCGCGCGUGCACAGACGCAGCGCUUUGCCGUACUUAACCUGAAACUGUUCUUAACCUGAAGCACCACUUUAGCUAAUGGGGCCUCCUGCUGCCGCUGUGCCGCCGGAGCACAAUUUCUCUUCUCAUCCUGAAGCAAAGUUCUUAACCCAAGGUACUAUUUCUGGGUUAGCGGAGUCUGUAACCUAAAGUGUAUGUAACCCAAUGUACCACUGUAUUUUAAAUUGUUUUUUUCAUUUUUCUUUUUUUUCUUAUUAUGUUUUUACUGAAAUUUUAUUGAUGUUAGCCGCCCUGAGCCCGGCUCUAGCCAGGGAGGGCGGGGUAUAAAUAAUUUUUAUUAUUAUUAUUAUUAGCAUUGUUGGUUUUUCCACCCUCUGCAGGGACACAUGUUCAUCGCCACUGA